AUGGAAGCCAUUAUCUCAGCUUUGGUUCUCAUUUUAAUGAUGCAAAUCUGCCGGAGUGCAAACCAACAGCGGUUCAUCGAAACAUUCUACUUGGCUGAAAACCGUGCCUUACUGAAUCACGUUUUUUACAAGAAGACAUCUUCUCCUGUGAUAUGUGGGCGAGACUGCUCUAUGGAUCCACAGUGUGCAUCGUUCAACUAUCAAAUAUUCAACAAAGUGUGUGAAUUCAACAAUAUCACCCGAUCAAACAGCCGUGAUGACUUCAUCGAAUCGCAAGGAAGUGUAUACUACGAUGAAAAGGUUUACUGUGAUAUGGAGACAGAUGGCGGAGGCUGGAUCGUGGUCCAGAGGAGACUCGAUGGUACUGUUGAUUUUUACCGUAACUGGACUGAAUAUCAAUCUGGGUUCGGUGAUCUUUAUAGUGAGUUCUGGUUGGGGAAUGAUAUCAUUCGUGACCUUACUGGAUCGGGUAAAUGGCAACUCAGAGUAAAUAUGGAAGAUUGGCAGUUCAACACAGCUUGGUCUUCUUACGGUGAGUUUGCUGUUAAAUAUGACAACUAUACUCUCCGUGUUGGUUCUUAUGAUGGUAAGAGUACAGCAGGUGAUUCAAUGUCAUAUCAUAAUGGUUACUCAUUCACAACGAAGGAUUAG